UAAUUAUUAAAAAAUAUGUGCGAAAACUAUUGUAGAAUGCAGUUAUUGUAUUAGUUGAAGUAGAAAAAAAAUUUAGAAUAGAAUUAACCGUCAACUUUAUAUAAUAAAAUUUCAUCUAUAGUAAAGAAAGCUAAACAAUAGGUUUAAAAAUCGUUGGGGGAGACAUAAAUUUAAGCUGUUUUUAAUGAAAUAAGGUAUUAAUCAUGUAACAGAUAACGGUUAUAUAAGUAAAAUAAAUUGAAAGAAAUAAAAUAUUAAAUUAGUCAUUUGAAGACAGAGAAAAGAUCAUAAAAUUUUGAUAUAAAUGAUAAUUUAUCAGGGAGAUAUACAAAAUCAAGAACAGUAUAAAGAGAUGAAACUUAAUUUGAGUAAAAAUACUACUAAUCUCCUUAAAAUUAUCAAAAUGAAUAAUUUAAUAGCUAUCCAAAGAAAGUGAUAAUCUUUUCAUAAAAAAAUACCCCUUAAAGAAAUAAUAUAAAUACUAGAAUAAAUUUUGAUACAUUAAGAAGUUGGAGAAGGAAUAGCUAAGAUAGUUCUAAAUGAUGA